AUGUUGCGAGCAGGGGCAGACGCAGUUCAGUCGAGUCUCUUGCCACGAGCUGGCAGGAGGAAUGCGCAGCCUGCCGGCUCGGCACGGUCAUCGAUUGCCACAGUGCGGUCAUCAAGAGCAAUUUCCAGCAUGACCCACCACCAGCGACCCCUCUCGGCCUUCAAAGACCGGCUCGAGACGGGACCAUCGCUAGACGAGUUCAUCAGUGGUCAGCAUGAAGCGACCAGCAAGCCAGAGAGACUACAGUUCGGCAACACCUCAAGAGAGCGCCUGCCGGACCAUCUCAAGACCUCCAUACCAACUUCAGCGUCGUACAACAAGAUCAAGAAGGAUCUCAGAGGUUUAGGCUUGCAUACAGUCUGUGAGGAGGCGAGAUGUCCCAACAUUGGCCAGUGCUGGGGCGGUGACAAGGAGCAGGCUACCGCCACCAUCAUGCUCAUGGGUGACACCUGCACGCGCGGAUGUCGCUUCUGUGCUGUCAAGACCUCGAAAGCACCUCCCCCGCUCGAUCCUCACGAGCCAGAGCACACAGCCGAAGCGAUCGCGAAAUGGGGCGUUGGCUAUAUCGUCAUGACCAGCGUCGACAGAGAUGAUCUGCCCGACGGCGGCGCUGCUCACUUUGCAGAGACGAUCGAAAAAGUCAAGUCGAAAUCUCCCAAUAUCCUCAUCGAGGCUCUCACGGGCGAUUUUGCAGGCGACCAAGCAGGUGUCGCACGUGUUGCCAGAUCGGGUCUCGACGUUUAUGCACACAACAUGGAGACCGUCGAAGAACUGACGCCCUUCGUUCGAGACCGCCGGGCCAAGUUCAGACAAUCCCUGCAGGUCUUGGACUGGGCCAAGAAAGCCAAGCCAGGUCUGAUCACCAAGACGAGUCUCAUGCUCGGCCUCGGCGAGCAAGACUGGCAGGUGGAAGCGACGCUACAAGAGCUACGAAAGGUCAACGUCGACGUGGUCACUUUUGGGCAGUACAUGCGGCCCACGAAGCGGCAUAUGGCCGUACAUUCCUACGUCUCGCCCGACAAGUUUGAUCACUGGGCAAAGGUCGCACAGGACAUGGGCUUCCUCUAUGUCGCGAGCGGGCCCCUCGUGCGCAGCAGCUUCAAGGCCAACGAGCUCCUCAAAUCAGCCGUCGGUCAACGCCUGCUCGGCGGCGUGGCUGGUCGUGACGCAGGGCAAGUGCCGGUAUGA